AAGCCGUAAUAUUACCCACAAGUGUGGUUAAGCAAAGUUAUGCGAGAAUCUGUUAGGGUCUACUAUUACAAGCUGGCUUGCAGACUUUAAAGAUAGAAGUAAUUGCUGUGAAGCAAUCAGCUGAUACUUACUGGAUUAGUCUGUCCGUCAUAGAAGCAAAUUGCACCUAUCGAAAAACAAAAAAUUUAAUAUUCAAAUUCUUUGUUCUUGUCUUUGUUUAUAAACAUCGCAAUCUGUCAUAAACCGCACUGAGAGCUAAGUGUUAGUCGAGGUACAAAAGACGCCGCAAAAAUGUCGUUGGAAACAGAGGACCAUCUACGGUCACAGGAUCCAGAACUUAUCAAGAAACUGGCAGAGACCGGUGCCACCCUUGUUAUCCUAGAUCUACCUGUUGGCUCCGAAUUUGGAAUUGACAUGAAGCAAUGGGAAAUAGGUGAAAAGUUCCGUGGAAUAAAGAUGAUACCACCAGGAAUACAUUAUGUCUAUUACAGCUAUGUCAAUAAAGAUAUUGUGGCACCAAGAACAGGAUUUUUCCAUAACUUUGUGGAGAAGACAAUACUUGCAUUUAGAUGGGACACGAAAGAGGAGAUAAUCGUUAAGGUAACAGAUGAUGAAUUGGCAUGUUUAGCGUUGAACCUUCGGAAAUUGGAUCGCUUUCUUGGGCCGUAUCCGUUCGAGACCCUUAGGCAGUGGACGGCUUUGAGCGAUCGAAUUAGUAAACAGCUGAUCGAAAAACUGGAGCCACCUGGCGGAUUGAUUUUUUCGGUUCAGCAAUUCGAGCCUGCCAAGUAUCUGCCAACAAAGAGCGGCACGGAUACAAGAGCCUGUAAGAUGCCGAACCUCAUAGAGAUGGAGGCGACAAAAAUGCGUUUUACCCCUAUUCCGAAACGUUGGCAUCCUUCAGGAUCGUCAGCGUCAGAAGUUACUCGUUGUAGCAUGGAUGGAAGCUACGUUCUCGACCAACUCCUUAAGCGUCACGGCGGAAAUAACGACUUGCUUGGCGAGAUACAAAUGGCUUUCGUGACGUUUCUGUGUGGCCAGCUGUUUGAAGGUUUUGAACAAUGGAAGCGUUUAUUAGCCGUGAUUUGCUCAGCCGAGAGCUGUAUAUCACGCCAACAAAUGGAGUCACUAUUCCUAGCCAUUAUCUCGUUAUUGCACUUUCAGCUGAAGGAGGUGCCUUCGGAUCUUUUCAUGGAUAUUGUGUCUAGGGAGAAUUUUUUGGUUGUCUGUUUGAGCAAUUUCUUCAGAAACAUUGCUGAAUCCGCGCCACCUAGCGGACCAUUAAGAAAUAAAGCUAACCGAUUUCGGGUUUACCUUACACGCACUUUUAAAUGGGACUUUGACCAAGAACCAGAAGAAGAUCAACCGCAGGUUGUUGAGUUGGACAAUACCCCCUGAUAAAAAUCAUAAA